AUGUUGUGGCUUUCUUGGAUUCUCUUGCUUUUCUUGGCUGAAUCUUCAUCUUCAGCCAAAAUUUUAGGAGGCAGUGCAGUUGGAGGGUCUCAUUACAUGGUGAUCAGAAACGUCAUGGAAGAAUUAGCGGCCCGGGGUCAUGAGGUGCUAAUAAUUUUAACUCGAGCUUUAAUUAAGCUUAUGUAACUCACUCAGAAAUUACACGUUUAUCUAAAACUGUUUUUUGUCAUGUGUUUUCCAAACAUAUUGCCAUCAUAAAGAGAUAUACAAGACUCGCAGUGAUGAACUACCCCGAACUGUCCUCAGCUGCACGCUAGUAAUUUUUCGGGGGCGCAGGCUAGACGCGUACUGUUCUUCGCAAAUCCCACGCAGGGUGACUUCAAUAUUUCAAUUGUUUAUCUAAAAGCAAAAGGGAAACUGAUCAUAAAACGUUAACAAGAAAAUAAAUGAGAGCUUCCCACAAAAAUAUGGUAGGGAUUUAAUUAUUUUCAGGUGUGACAUCGACUAAAGGUCCUGCAACUCGAACCCCACGGGACGGACCAUUGCAUUAGAAAGGUUGUUGAGGGGAGGGGGGGAGGGGGGGGGAGGGGCGGGUGGUGCAAAUUUUCCCUUCGUUAUUGUUUCCCAUGUAUGAUUAUUUGUAGGCCAGUUAAUGAAUACAAUAAUUUUGGGUUACUUUGCAAGCAUGAAUUUUUUAAAAAAUUAUUUUCCUUUGUGUGAAUAUUUUUAUGUACGAAGCCUGUACCCCUACAAGUUUUAUAAUGGUCCCUUCCUAAAGUCAAUCUCAUUGGGAUGUGGGUAGGCCAUCAAUACCCAUUGCUUAAUCCUGUUCAUUUAGGUGGUCAAAUCUGUACAAGUGUCAACUAGAUGUUUUAAGUUGAUGGUUGUAUUGGAUCUAGAGAAAAGUCUCUGUAAAAACUGAGGCCUGCAGGACCAAGGCCACUUCUGUUUGAUAGCUAUACUCUCCUUUUUAUAGAUGAAGCAAGUUGACAUUUAUCCUCUUAGAAAAAGAGAUCAAAAGUGUGGAUACAGAUUCCCCCCUAACUAUAGGAAUUUUCUUCUCAUGGUCUUCAGAAAUAUUUCAAAGAUCAAUGGUGCUGACACACUCACCCCGUCAGAAAUUACUCUCAAAGCCCCCCCUCAGAAUAGACUUUUCGAGGCAUUCAGAGAGUGGAGCAUGGGCAAAAUUGUGUGUGGAUAUGAAAUGGAGAGGCUUUUAGGACCUAGGAGAGAAUGCUCCCCCCCUCUUCCCAUGCUACUAGGAUUAACUUCAAUUUUCCAACAAGGGUCCCUACAAUUCCCCUUGGGGAAGGAGGACCAUCAGCAGUGGAUCUAGGGGGAAGGUGCAGGGGGUGCGCACCCCCCCCCCAAGAUGACCUGCGGUUUUCUAAUACAACUGGUAUUCUGCCAAAAAAAAAAACUAUGUGGUUUAUUGGUGUUGAAGUAGAACAAGAGACGAGUGCACCCCCUCCUAAAAAAAAUCCUGGAUCCGCCCCUGACCAUGGAUUUCCCCCUGGGGACAUGAGCAUGAUCAAGCCCCAGCUAGUUUCAUAGGGAAAAAAAGAACUUCCUAGCUGUUCAAAUUCCCUGCUGCUAUUAUCUUUAAUUGAAUAAAUAUAACUGGUAAUUAAUAAAACAUUGGGAGAGCACUGGGGAGGAGUGGGAGGAGUAGGAUCUAGUCUUUCAAAAAUUCAACCAAAAAUUAUCACUAGUUUGUGAAAGGAAAACUAUUGUAAAGCUUUUUUAACUGAGACAUUUUCAUGCCUACUAGGUGACGUUGGUGGCAGCCUCUGCUACAGAAAUUAAACCCAGUGAAAGAAUCUCACACAAGGUGUUCCAAGUGCCAUAUGCUACUGGAACAACAGCAGAGUCAGUUGCAAAAGUUAUCAUAGAAAAAGGCAUGUCUUUUGAAGUCAUGAUGCAGAUGGAUGAAAUGCGCAGGGUGGUAUGCAACUCAUUGCUCAAUAGCACUGAUUUUCUCGAGAGCCUGAGAGGUCAUGAUUUGAUUAUCCAUGAUGCUGGGGCAUCCUGCUCUGUGUUGCUGGCAGAGUACUUGGACAUUAAGAGGGUCGAGAUUUUACCGGCACCUCCUAAUGCUCCAUUUGUUGUGUACCAUAAAACACCUCUGCCAUUGUCGUAUAUUCCUCAAAUAAUGCCUGGAUAUACUGAUGAAAUGACAUUUUUGCAACGGGUUGUUAACAUGGGGUCCUAUGUUGCUACUAGAAUAUUAAUGGAGAUAAUGUCAAAGACCAUGAAUGAUCUGAAGGCCAAGUAUAAUAUCAGACCUGAGAUAAGCUUCCAAGAGGCCACUGGAGAGGCCGAGCUGGUGUUAAUAACUGCAGAUUUUGCAUUGGAGUAUCCACAACCACUGUUGCCAGGUAAGAGCUUAACAAAGCACAUUUAAUCCCAACAAAAGACAGUCAAUUCCCUAUGUUGUCAACAGCAGCCUCGAGACCAUAAGUUACUGAGGAAUCUCCUUUAAUUUGUAUGCAUGUGCAUUAGAGGGGUAAUCAAUGUGCUUUUACAUUUUUUACAACAAUAUAUUUCCAUUCAGGUGCACCAGGAGAAUCUUAGCAUGUUUUAGUUUUAAGAAUGGGGAGGAGUAGGGGAAAUUUCUCCUUCCCUCUCUCCUGUGAAUUUGAUUUUUCUCAAUCUUUUCAGCAAAUAAACUUGCAUUGGAAACUCUUAUAGUAUGCUUUAAAAUUAAAAAAGGUUUGCUUUUAAUUUCUUGAAAAUUCAAGUAAAGGCUAUUUAAUAAUCAUUAAUUCAGGUCCAAAGAAAUUAACCACAAAUUAGGCUUAGGAAUCUUUCAUUAAUUAAUGUACUGCAUUGUAACUUGGGAUCAAGCUAAAUCAUUCAUGACUAUCUGACGUAUUCUUUGUAAUGUAAAUAUUACUGGUAAGUUUUAUCUCUUUUACAGGGAAUAUUAUGGUGGGACAGCUUAACUUUAAAGAAGCUAAGCCUCUGUCCCCUGAGUUGGAAGAAUUUGUCACUGGGUCAGAUCAUGGUUUCAUCCUUGUUUCAUUUGGGAGUAAUGUGGCUUCCCUUGCAAAAGAAAAAGUGGACAAGUUGGCAGAAGCCUUUGGAAAACUAAAACAAAGAGUUGUUUGGAGGCUUAAAGGUUAGUGUAGUCAUCUGCAAGCCUGUUGCUAGGGUGAUGCAAGACGAGGCACUUGUCAUGGACACUUUAGCACCAGUGUGCGACAAAUGCAGACUGCAGACUUGCAGUCCGGCAGGUAAACGAGGUUAACAUUGUUGUCGAAUGCUCUAACAGAUCCCUUAUCCCUGAACUUUAUCUCUUUUUAAAGUUUAGUUUAGGGAUAGGGAAUCUGUUAGAGCAUUUCACAACGUUUACUUUCAGUUUACCUCAUUUACCUGCCAGUCUGCAAGUUUGCAGUCUGCGUUUGUCGCACACCACUUUGCGACUCCUCCCUUGUGUUUAGAAGUAGUCGCAGAGCAUGGGUAUAUACUGAGGCCCAACUGCUACCCUCUUUGGCCCCAAGACUGUUUAAAGAAAUUAAGGUCCUGCUGCCCUGCAGCAUGACAUUUACAUGAUAGCAAGGGAAGAUCCCUACCCUGUCCCCAAAAUGUAAUCACCAAUUCUUUGACCAAUUUCCCAGUGAUUUCCUUAGUUAUCCUGUUCCUUCUUACCUACAUAUAUAUAGCCCAUAAGUAGCAUUACCCCAUCUCUCCCCCCCCCCCCCCAUGUUAACCCCCCCACCGUGUUAACCCUGAGUACCUAAUAGUCAUUAACUCAUUGACAAAGGUGUCUAUUGACAAAAACGUUCGAGCCAGCUUUGCGCAAUUAUAUUUUAAUUCAGGGACAUCUCAACCUAGUUAACCUGAUCAGCCUGUCCCAAUAAAUGUCCAUGAACUGUUUACUAUCACUUUUGUUUGUUUUCUUCACACAAAUUGUGCGUAAAAAUGUGACUUGUAUAUUUUAUUUGCAGGUUACAUCCCUUCAUCUCUCAGCUCAAACAUCAAGGCAAUGAAGUGGUUACCACAAAAUGAUCUUCUAGGCCACAAGAACAUCAAAGCUUUUGUCUCCCAUGUCGGCCACAACAGUCUGUAUGAGACAGCAUAUCACGGGGUCCCUGUGGUGGCUUUUCCUUUGUUUGCAGACCAGUUUUUCAAUGCAAGGAAGGUGGAAUAUUUUGGCCUGGGACUGCAAGUUGAUCACAACAGUUUUGAUUCUGAACAGUUGUUCAAGAAAAUAAAUAAAGUCAUCACUGAACCAAGGUAAAUAUGUUGCUUAACAUACUGGAAAACAUUAUUUUUGACACGUUUUUGUUUUUAAUUGUUGCAUAUUCUGUGGUGGAUGUGCCCACAUUCAGAGUAGAGCUCACUUUUUCCAGUGGGAAAUGUACCAUAAAAGGUGUAUGUAUGUAUGUAUGUAUGUAAAUCUUUAUUUAAACACGGGAAAUCAUCAGUUAAGCUUAAGUUAAAAACUAAAACUAAUUACAACUGCUUUACAUGAUUGCCGUGUGGGAAUCCGAUAUAUCAGCUACCUUCUUGAUAUUUCGCUUAAAAUGCUCAACGGAUGCAGCGUUUUUUAAGUUUUUGGGCAAGUUAUUCCAUAACAUGGCCCCGCUGUAAGAGAAGCUUCGUUUCAAAUAAUUGGUGCUUGGUUUUCCUGAGAGAAAAGACUUUGCAGAUAUUCUGGAGCAAGGUCAUUCAUGGUUUUAUACAUCAUUACGGCUUUUUGUUUCUUUCGUCGAAGAGAUAGCCUCUCCCAGCUGUAUAAUAGAAAACAAGUUAGACUGCACUACCAUAGGCCAAGUAUAACCCUGACUACAGAGAGGGUGGGUGUAGGGAGGAAGCUUGGUCCAUGGGUACCCUGUGUCUGCACAGUUCAUGGCAAAAAAUACUUUUGAUUUUUGAUAAUUGUUUGUUUUAACCUUAGUUUAAAACUGCUGGGUCAAGAGUUAGGAAUGAGCUGAGAUUAAUUAUUUCUUGGCAAAUGUGCAUGGUCUCAAACCUCUUAAAGAGAGUGGAGAAUUCUGUGGCAGACCUCUUGGUCCAGGAAAGGGAAAGGGUGGUGAGUGCGCAUCCUAGAGGUAUUGCCUUUCCCGAAUUUGUCGCUUAAGUAGCUGGUUAAACAUGGGGCCAAAAUAAAGUAUAUAAAUAAUUUUAUCUACAACUGAGAACUUUAAAAACUUGUUUCAGGUUUAAAAAUGAGGCUGUACGGAUUUCUCAUUUGUUGAAAGACAGGCCACGUACCCCCUUACAGACAACUGGUGACUGGAUAGAGUAUGUACUCAGACAUGAUGGAGCUCCUCAUCUUAGGCCUCAAGUGUUUAACAUCCCUUGGUACCAGUACUACCUACUUGAUGUUAUGGCUUUCCUUGUUACCAUAGUUACAUUGGUUGUCAUGGUGAUAAGGUUGACAUGUAAAUGCCUAUGUCGUGUCUGUUGUAAGCGUGAUAACAAAUCUAAGAUGGAGUGACAGUCUUGUUACGACAUUUGAUUUUAAGAAAUGUUUUCAGUCCUUUGGACUGAUAAUAACAUGCACAGGCAACGUCAAUUUUAUCUUGAUGUGACACAUUCACUGCAAAAAUGAUAACAAAAUGGUCUCCAGCACACAGUAGCUUGCACUUUUUAAAAAAUCAAACACUUGAAUCCUGUUUAUCAGCAGAAAAAUGGGUUUAUUGAGCAUACC